AGAGAGGGGGAGAGGAUCUCGAGUGAACUGAAAUUUAGCAGAGGAGAUUGAAGAAACGGAUUUUAGCUUUUAUCCAUUUAGAGAGAGAGAGAAAGAGAGAGAGAGAGAGAGAGACAUGUAUAGGCAGGUGUAAAGGUUUAAAGAGAGAAGAAAAAAAACUUAUGUGAUGUAGUGGAAUAUUAAUUUUUAAUGUUUGGAUUAUAUUAGAAUAACACUAUUUCAAUGAUACCAAUCUCGUAUUUUCUUCAGAUUCGGUUCUUCUCUUUCUCGUUUCUGCCAUCCAUCUCUUCUCUUUCCUUUCCUCAUUGAAUCUUAUCUUCUCUGUAAAUGAGUUGGGUUACAAUCCUUCUUUUUAAAUGAAUGUGAAAUUAAGAAGGUUUAAGAUCUGGUUGUUUUGUGUUUUGGGGAAUUGUGGCUUGUAGAAACAUGGCUGAUUCUGAUGGUCCCAAGAAUAGAGGGGAAUUGAGAAUUCAUGACAGCUUGGAUGAGCUUGCCACUGAUUUAGCUGAUUUCAUCGCAGAAUUAUCAGAGAUGUCAGUGAAGGAGAGGGGAUUUUUUGCCAUUGCCUUAUCUGGUGGAUCUCUCAUUAGCUUGAUGGGGAAACUCUGUGAAGUUCCUUAUAAUAAGACUGUUGACUGGGCAAAAUGGUAUAUAUUUUGGGCUGCUGAACGUGUUGUGGCAAAGAAACACAUAGAUAGCAAUUAUAAGCUAGCUAAGGAUGGCCUUCUUUCAAAGGUCCCGGUGGUCCCAGGCCAUGUGUAUUCGAUCAAAGAUUCUCUGUCAGCAGAGGAGGCCGCAAGCGAGUACGAGUUCGUCCUUCGCCAGCUAGUGAAGACCCGGACGGUCAGCGUCUCUGAGACCAGCGACUGCCCCAAGUUCGACCUUAUCCUGCUUGGCAUGGGCCCCGAUGGGCACGUCGCGUCGCUCUUCCCACACCAUGCGGCCCUUGAUGAGAAGGACGAGUGGGUCACAUUCAUCACCGACUCCCCGAAGCCCCCGCCUGAGCGGAUCACGUUCACCCUGCCCGUCAUCAACUCGGCAUCCCAUGUGGCCAUAGUGGCAACGGGCAGUAGCAAGGCGGAGGCCAUCCAUUCGGCAGUCAGCGAUGUGGGGUCUGACUGCACAUUGCCGGCCCGGAUGGUGCGGCCCACUAAUGGGAAGUUGGUGUGGUUUUUGGAUAGGUCAGCUGCAUCAAAGGUGGAUGCAUCUCAGACUCUUUGAGUGGGCCCACUCAAGCCUUUUGUGCAUGUCUUGUGUAUGUUGUAGUUGGAAGGGUAUUUGAUAACAGAAAAGCAUUCCCUUUUUUUCCCUAGUUAGGGUGGGAGAGUUUUGAUUUUGUGUUUUCAAGGGGAAAAAUUGAAUAAGGGUGGGCCCCACCUGCAAGAAGGGCUUAAAAGGUCCCCAUGGUGGUUUUUGUGGGCCCCUUUUAGAGCUGUAGAUGUGAAGAAAAGAAAGUGUUUGUGUUAUUGGGAAAUCAAGGUGGGGAGAAAUGGGUUUUCAUUGUUCAUAUGAAAAAUGGGAUUUUGGUGUGGCUUUGUUGAGAAAUGAUCCACAGCACCACAAGGUGUAGGGCUUCUAGUUG